AUGGAUACAUUAGCCCAAUGUGAAGCUUGCCAUCAGAUUGCAAACGAUCCAUUAGAAUUAAAAUGUAAACAUACAUAUUGUUCAAAAUGUUUAAAAGAAAAGCUAGUGGGAAACAAAGUAACAUGUGUUGUAUGUAACGUCGAACAUGUAACACCCAGUUCUAAUAUAACAGAUAUUUCAACAUCAGACAAAUUGGUACCCUAUCUAAUUGGUGUACAUAGUAAGGAACCAUACGCUAAUAUUCCUGAAUCUACUCCAACAAUUCAAGCUAUCUGUUUCGAAUGUAAAGCACAAGCUGACCUUCGAACAUGUUUUCAUUGUGAAAAACCAUUGUGUGAAGCUUGUCGAACGAAACAUUAUGAAUCACAAAAAAAAGAGGUGGAUAAAUUACAAGCAGAAUUAGGCACUGGAAUUGCUGGUUCAUUGAGCUUAGCAACGGAGCUAAACAACAGUCGGGAAAAUCGUAUUACAACAUAUACACAUACGAAAGAAAAAAUUCAAGAACAUGCAAAGGCGCUGAGAAAAUAUAUUGAUGAGGAAGAAGCAGCAUUACUGAAACAAGUCGAUACUCGUGUGAUACUUGAACAAGAGAAAAUCAAAGUUACGAGACAAGAAGAAGAACAUUUGAAAAAGCAUAAAGUCGCACUAGAAAAAGUUGUCGACACUUAUAAAAAUGAACCUGACAAAAUGAUCGCGACUAAAAUGUUCGCCGACUAUGUACAUGUUGCACCAGUUUGGAAAAGUAAAGUUGAAACUCAAGCGGGACGACUUAAUCCAAAAAAAGAACAGGAAUUACAUUAUCAUUCUCAAAUGCCCAAAAAGGAAGAUGCUUUAGUUGGGUCAAUAAAAGACACAAAAGCGGAUAUUGACGCAUCAUCUGAAGCAAAAAAAUUGUCCAGAGAUGCAAAUGCUAAAAGUAGUGCCUGUAUUAUAGCAUAA